CCCGCCCCACCAACUCCCCUCUCCCCACGUAUAUAUCACAGCCUUUCUCCAACCAUUUCUCCGUCCAAUAAAAAAAAACACACGCACCCAUCGACGCCUCUCCCUUACUCUCCAUGGAUUCCCCUCCCCAGCUUUGGGCGGCGGCGCCCGCCUCCAUCAUCUUCCUCGUCCUCGCUUACAUGCUCUACCAGCGGCUGAGGUUCAAGGUGCCGCCGGGGCCGCGGCCGUGGCCCGUCGUCGGGAACCUCUACGACAUAAAGCCGGUGAGGUUCCGGUGCUUCGCGGAGUGGGCCCAAUCCUACGGCCCCAUCAUAUCGGUGUGGUUCGGGUCGACCCUGAACGUGAUCGUGUCCAGCUCGGACCUGGCCCGGGAAGUGCUGAAGGAGAAGGACCAGCAGCUGGCAGACCGCCACCGGAGCCGAUCGGCGGCGAAGUUCAGCAGAGACGGGCAAGACCUCAUCUGGGCUGACUACGGGCCCCACUACGUCAAGGUCCGUAAGGUGUGCACCCUCGAGCUCUUCUCUCCGAAGAGGCUUGAAGCUCUCCGGCCAAUUCGAGAAGACGAAGUCACCGCCAUGGUUGAGUCCAUUUUCAAGGACUGCACUGAUCCUGAAGAUAAUGGAAAAAGCUUGUUGGUGAAGAAGUAUUUGGGAGCAGUCGCAUUCAACAACAUUACGAGGUUGGCGUUUGGGAAGCGGUUCGUGAAUCGCGAUGGCGUAAUGGACGAGCAAGGACUAGAGUUCAAAGCCGUCGUGGCCAACGGCCUCAAGCUCGGUGCUUCCCUCGCCAUGGCGGAGCACAUCCCUUGGCUCCGAUGGAUGUUCCCCCUGGAGGAGGAGGCUUUUGCGAAGCACGGCGCCCGCCGCGACCGUCUCACCCGUGCCAUCAUGGAGGAGCACACCCUCGCCCGCGCUACUACAGGCGGCGCCAAGCAACACUUCGUCGACGCCCUGCUCACUUUGCAGGACAAGUACGACCUCAGCGAGGACACCAUCAUCGGACUCCUUUGGGACAUGAUUACUGCGGGCAUGGACACGACCGCCAUUUCUGUCGAAUGGGCCAUGGCUGAGUUGAUCAAGAACCAAAGGGUCCAAAAGAAGGCCCAAGAAGAAUUGGACCGCGUGAUCGGGACGGAACGGGUCGUGACCGAGUCCGACUUCUCCAACCUCCCUUACCUGCAAUGCGUGGCCAAGGAGGCGUUGCGGCUGCACCCCCCAACGCCGCUCAUGCUCCCCCACCGGGCCAAUGCUAACGUCAAGGUCGGCGGCUACGACAUCCCCAAGGGAUCCAACGUUCACGUCAAUGUUUGGGCCCUAGCUCGGGAUCCUGCGGCGUGGCCCAACCCGCUUGAGUUCCGACCCGAGCGGUUCCUCGAGGAGGACGUGGACAUGAAGGGCCACGACUAUCGGUUGCUGCCAUUCGGGGCGGGACGGCGGGUGUGCCCCGGGGCGCAGCUUGGGAUUAACUUGGUGACUUCCAUGUUGGGACACCUAUUGCACCAUUUCUCUUGGAGCCCGCCGGAAGGGGUCCGACCUGAGGAGAUCGACAUGUCAGAGAACCCGGGAUUGGUGACUUACAUGCGGACCUCGUUACAGGCUGUGCCAACGCCGAGGCUGCCUGCUCACCUGUACAAACGCAUGGCCGUGGAUAUGUGAAAUUAUUGUUGCUGUGACUUUAAAUAUAGUUGUAAGAAUUUGGGCUUUCCAACUAUGAAAAGGUCAAAUAAGAAUUUUUUUUUUUUUUUUUUUUGCCAAGUCCAAUGGGCCCUUUGAGGACUCCAGGCCCAAGAGGAACAGAAAGAAUUUUUUUUUAUUGCGAAGCCCAGUUUUCUAUUUGGGCUGUGAGGCCCACUGGUAUGUGAUAUAAAAUUAAUUUUCCGUA